AUGGGUGCAGGUUUGCCUGUCUCCAAGGACAUUGCUACAAGUCCACCGGCCUCCAAGGACAUCAUGGCUGCUCAGCCUAUGCCUAAGGACAUCAACAUGGCACAGCCAUGGCUGCUCCCAUUCCUGGUCCAUGUGCCACAUCCUUUUCCUCUGCCAGAUGACCAUCCUUUCAAGUUCCCUGUUCAGCCAGCCACCCAGCCUUUCCAGCUCUCUGCCCUGCCAGCCACCCCAAAACCUUCAGAACCUCCUGUUGGUUUUGGACCAGGGGCAGUUUUACCAACGGCAGAGGAUGAACAGGGUGUGAAUGUGAGCGAUACUGCUGUGAGUAUCCUGAACAGCAGCCUCACCACAGUCUUCAUCCCUCUCGUUUACAUCUUCAUCUUCAUUGUGGGGUUGCCCACCAACACCAUGGCCCUCUGGGUGUUCCUCUUCAGGACCAAGAAGAAGCAUCCAGCGUCCAUCCUAAUGGCCAAUCUAGCACUGGCUGACCUGCUCUUCAUCGUGUGGCUCCCACUGAAGAUCACCUACCACUUCAACGGCAAUGACUGGACCUUCGGGGAGCCGCUGUGUAAAGUCCUAGUGGGGUUUUUCUACGGGAAUACAUACAUCUCCGCUAUCUUCAUAGCCUGCAUCAGCGUCCAGCGCUACUGGACAGUAGCUCACCCACUUUCUCAGAAACUGAGUAGCCGUGUAACAGUGUGUGUGUGUGUUUGUGUGUGGAUUGUAGUCUGGGUCCUCACUGUACCGCUAUACCUGUAUGACCAGACCGUUAAAAUCCUCAAUCUCAACAUAAUAACCUGCCAUGAUGUCAAUCGCCGCAAUGAAACACACUUCCCUGUUGGGUAUUUCCUGACCAUGGGCACUGUGGGAUAUGUAGUUCCCUGUGUGGUCUGUAUAGUGUCCUACCUGCUGACCUUCCUCUCCCUCAGCAGGUCCAUAACAGACAGCAGCAGCAGUAAGAAGAAAAGGAAGGCUAUAGUCCUCAUGGUUACUGUGCUGGUGAUGUUCCUGGUCUGCUUCACUCCCAGUAACAUCAUGCUGAUGGUCCAUUACUCUCUGCUGGGUGUGGAGCAUCAGAAUUAUGUUUAUAGUAUCUACAUGGUUGCUCUGUGUUUGGGCAGCAUGAACAGCUGCCUGGACCCAUUCGUGUAUUAUUAUAUCUCUGAGGAGUUCAGAGAUCAUGUGAAGAACUCGCUGAUGUGCCGUAGUGAACGUACAUCCAAACAGAUGAAGGUUUCCUCCAGACCUUUGCAGGUCACAGAAGAAAUUCCAAUGCCUCCAACAAACACAACAACAUCUACAGUGGAACAUCCAAUCGAAGAUUCUCUGAAUGCAGCACAAGAUUAGCAGAAUAAUUGGACAGUCUGGUGUGAUCAAAUGAUGAAUUUGGUCAGGAAUCUCAACACAUUUACAUGCACUUAAUCAUAUAAUGGGAAAACUCUUGGUCUACAUGAGUCAGACUGAAUGAAGACGUAACAUUAAUGUUUAGUGUAAACUUUCAUACUGUGGCUUUAAAAAAAUGAGUGAAAGCUCAUUGUUUGGCUGCCUUGCUCACAAUCAGCAAGUUUAUGUCUCUUAUUCUUUACUAACUACAGAUGCAGCAAUGGUUUGCCUCAGGGUGGCGCUGUACCAAAUUAGUUCACCCAUUUGGUCCUUCAUAGCCUAACAACUGCAAGUAUGCCUGGGGUGCCUCUGAAAAUCUUUACAAUAUGCCACAGUAUAUUUGUAAAUCUGAAAACUUGCCUGGUUUCAUAAGAUGCGUUCACAAGGUGGAUUGUGAACUGGAACUCAAAGACAAAAGAGGCGAUGGGUAAGAUCCCAAUUAAUGUGUGAGGCAGUACAUUACCAAACUAGAAAAGAGAAUUGCCAGAAAAUGAAUUGACAAAUUGUUCAAACAUUGUUCUGCCAUUGAAGCCACCAUCAGCACAGCUAAGGCAAGUGAGUUAGCAGCCAGUCAACACUGGAUACCCUUAUUGUAAACUUGCCUGCACACAGAGUAUGUCUUAGCAACAACUGUCCGUGCACAAAUGUAAAUAUACUUAUCAAUUAGAUAUGCAGGGCGGCUUAGUGGUGCAGUGGGUAGCAAUGUCUCACAGCAAGAAGGGUCUGGGUUCGGUUCCCCACACAGGGAAUAAGGGUCCUUUCUAUGUGGGGUCUGUAUGUUCUCCCCAUGUCUGUGUGGGUUUCUUCCCACAGUCUAAAGACAUGAAGUCAGGCUAACUGGAGAUCCCUAAUCAUACACAGAUGCGCGUCUACGCUGUGAUGGAUCGGCAACCUGUCCAGGGCGUUUCCUGCCUCCUGCCCAAUGAGCGCUGGG